CCAAGCCAAGCUCCGUCCGUCGACUGCUGUAGGCGCCCAUAUUCACCAAAGUCUGCGUAGGCAGGCAGGCUUCACGGAAAUCUUCCUCUACUCCGUGUCUAACAACAUUCAUUUGCAAUCAUGUAUUCCAGUGCUUCAGACUUCAAGGGGCCACCUCCUUACAGCAGUGAACCUCACCAGAGUCCUGCCACGAAGACCCCCUUUGGGGGCCUUUACAAUGAUCCCCGCACCUCAUCUACUCAAUCAUUGGCGCCCUCCUUGCCAGCGUAUGAGGAGAUAGAGAGACGCAAGCUCCUGGUGAUAUAUAUACAUGGCUUCAUGGGAAAUGACACCUCGUUUCAGUCCUUCCCAGCUCAUGUCCACAAGUACCUCAAACUGGCCCUCUCUGAUAGCCAUGUCGUUCACUCCAAGAUCUACCCAAGAUACAAGACGUACAAGUCCAUUGAGAUUGCCCGUGAUAACUUCAGUACAUGGCUCGAGCCUCUAGAGUCCCCGAAAACAGAUAUCAUCCUCGUUGGGCAUUCCAUGGGCGGCUUGCUGGCUGCUGACGUUGUGUUGAAGCCUUCCACUCAACAUAACCGUUACAACUCUUUCAAGCAUCGUAUUCUCGGCGUGGUGAACUUAGACGCCCCCUUGUUAGGCAUGCACCCGGGCAUUAUCGUGUCGGGGAUAUCCAGCUUGUUUAGAAAGAAUGAAUCACCUAAGCUUCCAGGAGAGCCAUCAACACAGGCCAUAUUAAGUCCCGGUGUUACCGGCCUUCCAUCGCCCAGUCUCUCAGCAUACUCCGUACCAUCAACACUGUCCGAAACUCUACCCUCCCCACCACCGCCACCAGCACCCUUUAUGCGUCCUGCCUUGACUAACGACUCGAAUUACAACCCUAACUUUGCAAAUGACGUCCGAAUUGAGGAGAGGACAUGGUGGAAAAAUGUCGUACAUUUUGUGAAGAAGCAUAACUCCGAGGGCCUCAUUGACGCUGCUGCUAAUCACGUCAUGUCUCACAUGGAGUUUGGCGGCACCAUGUUUGAUAUCAACACUCUCAAAACCCGUUACGAGAGUAUUCGAAGACUAGAGGAUGUGGACGAAUUAAAUCAGACUGGUUCUUCUCUGCCUCGAGUCCGCUUCAUCCAAUACUACACCAUCUGUAAUGGAUUUCCAAAGAAACCAAAGGAAGCGGGCUCCGAACAAGUGGACACGCAAUCCACAUUAACAAACAACAACUCAGAGAAUGACAUCCCAUCGCGACGCAUAUCGGCCAACGAUCCUAAGCUCAACCCUCAAGAUUCGAGUUUCAAACAGGACCAAGAGCCCUUGAGUUUAUCCGAUAGUGAGCGUUCAAGCCUGGAGCUGCUUAGUCCAGAGCCGAUAGUUGAUGAGCCACCACCCCUACCAGCAAGAGAUGGUCCAGUCGAUGUACACAAUGUAAUUGAUGACCAGAAAAGGGAUAGACAUGCAGACGCCACCCCAAAAACCAGCCAGGAUGUUGAUUUGAAUUUGACGGAGAAACCUCAAGUUGAGGAUGUUACACAAGGUGUGGGUGUUCUAGAUCUGGAUCUUCCAGAAAUAGCUAGUUUACCACCAAAACCGGACACACCAAACCUCGAGAAUUACACUGAUAAAGAUGCGCGGAAGUUAGCGGGAAAGGAGGCAAAACGAGCAUAUAAAGCCUAUGCACAAGCAGUGAAAGAUCGCGAAAAGGCUGUCAAGGAACGUGAGAAGAUCAUUGAGAAGCGGAAAAAGAAGCUAGCCCAAGAAGCUGAAAAGAAGGCGAAGGAAGAGCAGAAGAAACGUAAGAAGGAAGAGGCUGCUGCUGCUGCUGCCAUAAUUCCAGAAAAGGGCGAAACAUCGGAGCCCCGAGAAUGGACACCAGUGUCCCCAGAUCUAACACCCCAAACGACAACAAUGAAGGACGAGGAGCAAGCGAAAGUGAAAAGAAAAGGCAAAGAAAAGGCAGAAAAACAGCGGAAGUUUUGCAAUGUGCCCAAGUCUAACGGUCAGGUCGACCCCAAGUGGGUUGGUAUCUUUAUGAAAGAUAUGGACCAGGUAGCAGCCCACACAAGCCUCUUCUUCGCAGGCGAACACUACGAGAGUCUGGUGGGUGAUGUUGGGAAUAUCAUCGUUGAGUGGGUUCACGCAGACAUGACCAAGCGGACCAUAUUAGAGUUAGAUUGAGAUGGCUGCUCAGAGUGUUGUGGAUAAGCAGGAUUGUGUUGUUCAUUGAUCGAGACUUUUGAUUAAUUAAUUAGACGGGCGGCGGGAAUUACGACCAAUGGAAACUUCAGA